GUGAACGGACGUGCGCGCUGCAGCUCCGAACGUGUGUUAAAGAAUGGGUCUGAAAUAAAUGAAUAUAAUAAUAUUAUGAGAAAGAAAGUCGAGUGCAAAUAAAACAAGAAAUUAAUCAAUUAAUUGCGUGAAACGUUUAUGUAAAUGAAUUGUUAAGUGAAGCGUACAAAAUAAAAAUAAAUAAGUUUUGAAACUAAAAAUACGUUGAAUUCUUUUGGAUUACGCGCAUUAACUGGAUUGUAUCGCUGCCUGGAUUAUUAUGGCAAUCGUCGCAGACAAACUUUAUAUGCAGUUAAAUGCAGCCGAACUGGCGGCAAUCAUCAAAAAAGACUCACCUAGCUCCAAUGAUCGUGAUGCGGGCUUUUGCUCAGCCAGUUCCGGCAGUGAGGGUGGCGACGAUCUGCCCAUGGAGCCGCCCAUGGAGGCCAAGCCAAUGGCGUUGGUGCGCAACAAGCGCAAGAGCACAGAACCAUCCAAAGUCAUAGACUCAUCCACAGUUAGUCAUAGUCACAGUCACAAUCACAGUCACAGUCGCAGUCUCAGUCAGAGUCACACAACGUUGGGUCCAUUGAAGAAGCGCAUACGUUAUACCUCAUCAGCUGACUCGGGGGUGCUGCUAACGCCACCCGCCGAGUGCUCACCCCCACCGCCUGGCAGCGCUGGGCUGGAGCACGUGUGUCGAACUAGUCAAGCGCUGGCGCCACAUUGCCACGAGGCAAUGCCACAUCCGGCGCACGUUUUUGUGCGACAUCCAGGUGUGACAACGCUGCAUCGUGAUUACGCAGCCACGCAGCCGGAGCAGGAGGCACCCUUGGAGCUAGUUACGAAGAAGCAGCCACAGCAGCACAACAACAACAACAGCAAGUCAAAGCAGGCUGAAGGCGAAAGUGAACUCAGUUUAGAGCUAAACAUCGAGGAGGACAACGACAACGAUAACGGCAAAGGAGGAGCGCGACCGCAGCAGCGCAACUACAAGAACAUGACACGUGAGCGUCGCAUCGAGGCCAAUGCGCGAGAGCGCACACGUGUCCACACCAUAUCCGCCGCUUAUGAAACAUUGCGUCGCUCUGUGCCCGCUUAUGCCAGCUCCCAAAAGCUGUCGAAGCUUUCGGUGCUGCGCGUCGCCUGCUCCUACAUUCUGGCGCUGAGUCGCAUGGCCGGCGAGGACUACAGCGCGGACAGGUCAGAGCCAUCGAUAGCCGAGUGCAUGGAAGCCGUCACCGCAACAAUUCAAACCGAGGGCAAGGUCAAACGCAAGAAGGAUGAGUAGACGACUGCACUUGCCUCCCAAACGUUGUACCAAGACUGAGUUGCAAUUAUUGUUACACACACACACACACACACUGUCUAUGUCUAUGUAUGUAUAUAUGUAUUUGUAGCUGAUGUUCGCUAUAUAGUCAUACUGCUAGCUUUAUGGGUUUGCCAAGCUUCUUUUAUAAAUUAUUUAACAAGUUUCUAAUUGUAAUUAGUUGUCCAUAAAGUAUGAGGCGAUAUUAAACUAUAUAUAUAUGUAAACUGCGAUGUGAUGUUAUUUUAAAGUCGCCUGUAACCUUUACUCUUAAUGUACAUAUACGAGCGUAAGCAGGAAAUUCCUAAACUAUAUACAGAAAUGCCUAAAAGACAAACAACUAUAACGAUAAUGACAAUAAUUGUUUAGCUUUAACACACAAUUCGUUAAGAAUCGCAUGGGGGAUAUAUUUGACUAGUUUUACAUAAAUGUAAUCGAACUGAUAAUCUCAUUUUAUAUAUGCGUUUAAAAAUAUUUAAGUGCCAUGAAGCAGAAGCAAAAGUAACAGCUUGAAUACAAAAUAGACUAUCUUUGAAAACUGAAAUUU